GUCGAUAUUAUUAUUAGAUAUGGAUUGAGGAUUUUAAACAAAAUAUUUUUAUUUAUUUACCUAUUUUGCUUUAUAUAAAGUAAUAAUUUGUGAUUUUAUCGAGUUUUCGCAUAUUUUAGAUUUAAAUCGCCUUACUAAAUAACCAUUCAUAUAAAAUUAAAGUGAGAAUUAACUGUACUGUUGUGAUACACUGACUGAUUUGUUAAAGAUAACUGGAGUUUGAUAAAUUCUAAUUCACAAUAAUAUUUGCGGAUAAUUUAGAAUCAUAAUAAUGACAGCAGUGAGAACAUGCCCUGGUCUAUACUGCGGGCGGACUGAGCUGGAAGAUGGUAGUUGGAGUGACUGUGGUGCAUGCCCCCGAGGAUAUCGUACUAAUGCUUCCAGUUAUUGCAUGCCAUGCGCUGAUGAACCGACGCUCUACGACUGGCAGUACUUGGGUUUUAUGGUGCUGCUUCCUAUGGUUCUACAUUGGUUCUUUAUAGAUGUUGUGGCUACUAGGAAAAGCAAAGAAGGAAUUCUCAUUCAACACAUAUGUGCCUUUGUGGAAAUUGUAUCUGGUACAUUGGCUGCUCUAUUAGUGCUGCCUCCAACUGGCACAGUAGCUCUGUAUGUUUGCACACCAAAAGCUCUCUCUGAUUGGUAUACACUACUGCACAAUCCACAACCUGAUUAUAAGGAAACACUACAUUGUACACAAGAAGCUGUGUAUCCAUUGUACACAGUAGUGCUGUUGAUAUAUGCAUUCAGCCUUCUAAUGACAAUCAGUUUGAGACCUUGGCUCCUGACCUUUCACUCUUCCAACUCUGGUAAAAAAGCAAUAUACUGUGCACUUUACUUCUAUCCCAUACUCAUACUGAUCCAUACUGUUGCUGCAGGCUUGAUUUACUGCUCUUUCCCGUACAUAAUAAUUAUAAUAUCAAUGAUCACAUCAGCAUCUCAUUUUUCUGUGAAAAUCGACCAAUCUGCACCAGCAUUGCUGAUAUCUUCAGUGACUGAUACUAGAAAUUUAACUAUCUUAAUGGGACACUGGCUUGUGCAUGCUUAUGGUAUUAUAUCUCUAACAGGAUUCAAAGAACUAUGGUAUUUGUCGUUGGUACCUGCACCAGCAUUGUUCUAUAUACUGACAGCACAAUUCACUGAUCCAAUGAAGAUCCACAACGAUUGACAUGCACAGAAAACUUUUGUGAAACUCGUAUUGAACUGAGAAUAAGUGAAGAAUUGCCGAUAUUGUGAUACCCAAAUGUGACUUUGGUUUCGGCGAGCUAUUGAAAGCACAAUGAAAGUUAGUGUUGAACCAAGUGCAGCAUCUUCAGAGGUAGAAUUAUAAGGGGUGCUAUAGGUGUUACAGUGUAAUCUGAGAUAUCACUGUGUUUAUAUCAAUAGAUGGUGAUUACCACUUCCCAUGAGAUGGGCGGACUGUUUGUUUUCAAUAGUAUAUACAGUAUGUAAUACAUUAAAACAGUUUAUUAAGUUGUCUAUAUAAGUGCUGUGUUGUGUAAUGAUGCGCUUAUGACGCUAUUAUCAUUAAAGUUGUACAUAGCUCUUUGGAGCAAUGGCUCCGCUUUCCUAGGACAAGUGACAAAUUUAUUGAUAGACACAUUUUCGUUACCACAUGUAUGUAAUAGAAGGCGAUAGUAACGUCUGGCAGUGUGUCUUGUUUGUAUUUGUUGAUGUUUGUGUUUCAAAUAAUAAAAUAAAUUUAUUUGUCACAUAAUACAGAUGUUUAUCGCAGUACUGCGUUCCCGUGGGAUCACGCAAAUGAGAAUUAGUAAUCGCUAGUAUUUACUUGUGUAGGUAUAAAUUAAUCUAAGAUAUGUUAUUACUUAGUGUCUAAUUAAAUACGACUGUUUCAUUUUGUUACUUAAGAAGUCUAUUUAUAAGGAUUAUAUUUCUGUUAUAAUAUUUAAUUAAAUAUUAAUAAUCACUAUCACUAUAGGAA